GAAGGCGGGUGUGUUGAGAAGGAAGUCAGAAGAGAGGGGCUGCGUGUGGGGAGGUUUGUGAGAACAGACGCCAAAGACCCACUUUCCGAGAGAAAGAAAGAACAUCUGCACAUAAGAUGCUGUUGUUGCAACUGGUCUUGCUCACGGUUCUUGUCCCAGGUGGUGACAGUGACGACGACUUCCAGGAGCCAAUCACUUUUCGAAGCAUCAUGACAGCAUCCUUUUACAACCAUUCCUGGACACAAAAUCUGGGCUCUGCUUGGCUGGAUGGGCUGCAGACUCAUGGCUGGGACAGCAAGAAAGGCAUUUUCAUGUACAAGCGGCCUUGGUCCAAGGGCAACUUCAGCGAGAAGGAGCUGAGGGAAGAGGAAAGGACAUUACAGACAUUCUCCAUGAUUUUUCCUUUGAUAUUUCAGAACCAUGUUCGUCAAUGGCAACUUGAAUAUCCCUUUCAGGUACAGGUGGCAAAAGGCUGUGGACUACAUGUUGGGGAGCCAUCAGUAGGCUUCAUGCAGAUUGCAUAUGAAGGAUCAGAUCUCGUGAGCUUCCAGAACAUGUCAUGGUGGCCAUCUCCAAAGGGAGGAAGGAGGGCUCAGCAGGUCUCCAAACUAUUCAAUCAGUACCAUGUGGUCAACUUACGAAUACGAGCACAUAUUAUUGACAUCUGCCCCCGUUUCCUCUUGGGUCUUCUUGAGGCAGGGAAGGCAGAUCUUCAGCGGCAAGUGAGGCCAGAGGCCUGGCUGUCCACUGGCCCAAGUCCGGGGCCUGGCCAUCUGCUCCUCGUGUGCCACGUCUCUGGCUUCUACCCAAAACCAGUGUGGGUGAUGUGGAUGCGGGGUGACCAGGAGCAACAGGGCACCCGACGAGGCGAGGUCUUGCCCCAUGCUGACGGGACAUGGUAUCUUCAGACGUCCUUGGACGUGGAAGCCAGAGAGGCAGCUGGCCUGUCUUGCCGAGUGAGACACAGCAGUCUAGAAGGCCAGGAUAUGGUCUUCUACUGGGAGCAACACCGCCCUGUGGACUUGCUCUUCCUGGUGGUGAUCGUGCCCCUGGUGCUUCUGGCAGGUCUUGCCUCCUGGCUCUGGAAGCGUCGGAAAUCACACAAGACACCUCAGUGUACUGGCCUCCCUUUGGAGUGAGAUCCCAGCAGCCCAGGACCAGGACGUCCCUAAACCCAGCUCAGUGGUGAUGGACCAGCAAAUCUCUGUGUGACUGUUGUCUUUCCUUUCUGGUCAGUGAUCAGUUGUCAAGAUGAGUUAAGUGUAGUUUAGGGGGAUUUGUUGUUCUGACCUGACUCUGGGACUUAAAUCUCAAAAUUAUCUCAGAGUAUAAUGAAGUCCCAGCAAUGUCCAUGCGUCACAGGCAUCAGACAUCACUUCCUCCAGUGAGCCGUCCCUUAUUCAUAACUGGAAGCAGUCUUUGCUUCGUGAGAAUUAGCACCACAUUUUCCUGCACUUGGCAAAUCUAUUCCUGACCCCCAGCCCUUGUUGCCAACAGUUAGGGUCCUUUCCCUUCUAAUUCUUAGGACUUUAGAGAUGAGGUCCAUGUCUUUUUAAUAUUUGUAUCCUUGGCAAGGAGCCCCACUGCAUGGAAUAUGUCCUCAAUAAAUACCUGUGUUGAAUUUAUGUCAGUUUCAUAGGUUUGUCUUUUUCUUUUGCCUCCUGACAGGUUUGUAGUAGUCCAGAUGUUUGUACACGUGGACAUUUCUGGAAAAUAACGUUGACAUAGAAGGGACGGAAAAGGUGAAAAAUAUUGGGAGGGGGAGAGCAAAUCAUGGCACUUCACCAAACUUCUCCCCUACAUUGGACUAUUUGCCUGCUUCUGUUGGAUCCAGUCCACCUGUCAUGCUCUCAUGGCCACCUUGUGGUUUUUGGUUGGUUGACUCCACCCUCGUGUGUAGCCCUGGGUUCUAAUCAGCCUGACUUCCUCAGGAGAAAGCAUCUCUGACAAUGUGACAGGACAAAGGAUGGACAGGUAACCUCCCAUUCAUGACAAUCAUCAGACAGCUGCCACUUGUCCUUGCCCAGAGUGAUGGUUCAGGGCCACGCACCUGCUCCAGGUGGCUCAGGUCACAGGCAUUCUGAUUCCCAUGGUCAAUGGCAGAGAAUGAGAUGAUCUUUCUUGUCCCAGAUGAUAAAGUCGGGGUAUGAAGCGUAAACAACUGCAAUCCAUUUUUCAGCAGCAGAACAGCAAGCCUGAGGAUGACACCUGCAUUCAAGAAGGCAGAGAAAUUGUACAUGUGAAGUUUUCCAAGAGGUUGGAUCCAACGUGUUCUCACCACAAGAAUGAGAAGAAGAGAAAAGAAAGAGAAAGGAGAGGACCCAGAUGUGAGGUGGUGGGGUAGUGUGGUUGUGGGCAUCACGUCACCCUGUACAUCUGGUGUGUACUUCGUUUUAUGUUUUUUUUGGAGAAAACAGAGUUUAUUGCCCAGCAAUUAAAAGUAUUCAAAUGUGGGAUGAAAGCUACAUAAAAUGUUAAUUUUCACGGUUUGCUUGAAUUCAGGUUUUCUUGACCAAUUCUUCAUUUUCCUUCAAAAUGCUGCAUGCCACUCGAGGCUCGGCAGCUCAGGACCUGAGCGUCACCUGCAGCUCCCUGCAUGCCGUGUGCACUGGGCUCCCGACGUUCUUCAGGCCGUCCUCUCGGAGAAGCUGUUGGAAGACUUUCAUCAGGAGGACCUUUGUUCAUGUCACAUCACAGGCUCUGCUGCACCAGCCAGAGCUGGCGAAGGCCCAUGUGGCCCGUGGGGCCUCCCAGCCAUCCUUCCUCAGGGGCUAGAAAACUGCAUUCUGUACAAAGGUACAAUUUUCAUUUGUCAUCAUAUUCCCGUGAAGCAGAAAACAGUAGCAACAACAAAAUCAAAGCAUCACAAAAGUGAAGGCAGACGCACAAACCCGCAGAAUGGACUGGAGCCCCAAUAACCCUGGGAUCCCCGGUUCCAUCAGCCCAUUCAUUUCCUGUAUGGUUUCAGCCCACAAAGGUGGAUUUCUGUCCUUUGUGAUUGGGUGCUCCCUCUGAUGGACGUGGACGUGGCCCCUGGGGAUGCUGGGAUAAUAUCUCUCUUCCUUGCGGUGUUCUUCCUCACUCUUCUCUUCCUUGCCUUCAAUUCUUGAAAAAUAUUCCUCUAUUCUUUUUCUUGCCUGCUUGCCUUUUUCUU